AUGGAUACUUACUCGAGGGUUUACCCUGGUGCGCUCAAGGGCCUGUGGUAUCCUAUGCAUUGCGAGAGAUCAAUUCUUGAUGGGGUCCGUAUAACCAGAGAUUUCCCUUCACCCAUGCUUGUAGCUGCUAAAUCAGGACGACUUGACGUAAUAAAGGCACUCAUCGCAUACGGUGUUGAAAUUAGAGAACGGAACGCCAUCGAGCAUAUUGGUCAAUAUGAUAUGAAAGAUACACUUAAAGAAGUGGUGGAUCACGCGCGGGUAGAAGCAGAAAUCGAUGCAUUUUCCCUUGCCUGUGAAGCCGAUGAAGAGAUCGCAGAAUUCAUGAUUCGAAAUGGGCUUGAUCUAAGAUGUAGAGAUCUAUGGUGGCCUGUCGAAUUUGGACGCAUGCAGAUUCUUGAGACCCUUUUGCGACGUCCGCUUUUCAAAACCAACGAGGGCCAUGUAGCCAUCAAAGCCGUGCUUCGUUGUAUUGUUUCUGACUGCAAUAGCUAUCCUAUCAGGGAUUUUGGCGUUAUCAAUCCCCUUCUUGAUGCUAUGACCAAUCCAUCCUUUCCACCCUUCGAUAAAAUAGGCUGGCUUGAAAAAUCAACCGCUAUGGUCCUAUCAAAUUCGGGGGGUCGUUACGCAGAUGCGCUGGGCUUCUAUCUAUUUGACCUCUUUAAAACCUCAGGAAUUCAGUCGAUUAUCAGCUUCAAAAUUGCUGUACGGGCUGCUGGCAGCGACAAUUUCCUGGAAAUCACAAAAGCUAUGCUUUUAGAGGUCGAGCAUUCUAAAAAAGCUGAAGAAAGCAAGGAAUUACCCAUGAUAGAUUAUAUACUAAGAAGGGUCUCGGCGGGCUUUUGUACUCGUACUGCAAUGUGUUUCCUUAACUUCGGGUAUAAGUUUUCUAGUAUUCGCCUCCAGGAAGCUGUCAUAAGUACUAAAUUCACUGCUCCUUGCGAUAGCAGGACAUAUACCGAUCAACUUGAUUUGAUUGACAUUCUUGUCAACUCUGGUAUUUCUGUUAACUUGAUAAUAGAUCCUAAAAUAGUGUCCUGGCAUAAGGAUGAGACCCUGUUAGAGCUAGCACUAGACAUUUCGGAGUUGAGAUGGACUAGAGAUAGUCGAAAGGGACUAGACUGCCGUGUGGCACUUAGACUAUUGCACCACGGCGCCGAUCCCACAAAAGUCAGAGACAAAACAAUACAAAGAUGGCUUACAAAAGUUUAUCAGGAUCAGUCCCUAACGGAUUAUUUCCUCGACGAGAUGUCACAUCAAAAUGAUUCCACGAAUAUAGGGCGUGAGAUAUUUUCUCAGAAAAUCCCAAGUGUAGAUUCUCCUCUGUAUUUCGACCAGGUCUAUAACAUGGCGGUGAUGGUUCUCGGCAAGGUAUCUCUCGAAAUUUGCUUUAGAGAUGUGGUAAAAAAAGAGGAACGGAAAAAAAGAAUAUGGACCGGCAGAGUAAAUGGGUUCCGAGGUUCUCCUAUGGCGCCGCCUGAAUGGCUUAAGACAUCAUCUCCUACUUAUUAG